GGCUAGAAAGCCUCGAGCUUUUGUCAGAUUUCACUUUUCAUAGCAGGUUAGGAGAAUUAACGUAGCAGGUUAGGGUUAGCUAAAAUGCUUCAUUUUUUGUACUUAAAAAAAACAUUUGACGUUUUGAGUUUUCCAAAAGCUGGAAUCGUUCUAACCUUGACUCCAUGGGUUUAUUACUACCAGAAGUUCUUCUUUGACACCGGAAGUGUAUCUUCAGUCAUCGUUGGCGGCGGACCGUCAAAGCCAAAGAUGAGUGGUGAUACUGAUGGAAAUAAGGAGUUCCAUGAGCAGCUCCGGUUGCAGCAGCUGUAUGGCCAGAGACCGGGGGACGGAGCUGACCCUAACACCUUCGUGGACCCAGAGGAUGGGACAGUGUAUGACUGGGACCAUGACAAGAAAGCAUGGUUUCCUAAAAUAACAGAGGACUUCCUUGCUGCGUAUCAAGCUAACUACGGCUUCACAAAGGAUGGGCAGCAUGAUCCAAAUGCUGCGUGUGCACCUGACACGGACACAACAGCCAAGCCAGAGGAGGGGAAGAAAGCAGAGAAGCGCACUGACACGGAACAGCUGAAAGAUGGCAAAAAGGAGAAAGGAGAGAAAAGGAAGGCUGAUACUGCAGCCUGGUUUGAUGUGGAAACCGACAAGAAUACCAAUGUGUACGUGUCAGGUCUUCCACCGGACAUCACCACGGAGGAGUUUGUUGAGGUCAUGUCUAAGUGUGGCAUUGUUAUGAGGGACCCCAUCUCCGAGGAGUACAAAGUCAAACUCUACAGGGACGGCCAGGGGAACCAGAAAGGCGACGGACUCUGCUGUUACUUAAAGAAGGAGUCUGUGGCCCUGGCUGAGCGACUGAUUGACGAGUCAGAGAUCAGGGGGUAUCAGCUCCACGUGGAGGCUGCCAGGUUCGAGCUCAAGGGCCAGUACGACGCCAGUAAGAAGAAGAAGAAGAGCAAGGAUUACCGCAAGAGGAUGAAGGCACAGCAGAAGCAGCUGGACUGGAGGCCAGAGAAGAAAGGGGAGGCGCGCAAGAGGCAUGAACGUGUGCUCAUCAUCCAGAACAUGUUCCACCCCAGUGACUUUGAGGAAGACCCCCUGGUGUUAAAUGAGUACCGAGACGACCUCCGGACUGAAUGUGAGAAAUUUGGUCAGGUGAAGAAGGUCAUCAUUUUUGAUAGACAUCCUGAUGGAGUGGCCUCGGUGGCCUUCAAAGAGCCAGAGGAUGCAGACGUGUGUCAGAUGGCGCUGGACGGCCGCUGGUUUGGUGGCAAGAAGUUAUCAGCACAGCUGUGGGAUGGAUCCACUGACUACCAGGUGGAGGAAACCACGAGGGAGCGAGAGGAGAGACUGAAAGGCUGGGCAGCCUACCUAGAGGGUGGGAGCAAGGGGCCUGCACCGCCGGGGGCACCGCCAGGGAGUACAGAGGGACCAACCACAACCACAGAGGAGUCAUCCAGCAAGGCAGAGGGGCCUGUGACAGAGCCCUCCAACUCUCAGAGCCAGGAAGCAGGAGCAAAGGCAGCAGUAGACCCUGGGGUGGAACCAAAGACCUCUGAGGACGCAGAAGUGCUGAGGACGCCCAUCAAUCUCAUCCUGCUCAACAUCAGUGUGAGCGACAUGCUGGUGUGUAUCUUCGGAACUCCCUUUAGUUUUGCCGCGAGCCUCUAUGGCAGAUGGCUCAUUGGAGCCCACGGGUGCAAAUGGUACGGUUUCGCCAACUCGCUUUUCGGCAUCGUUUCUCUAGUAUCCCUGGCAAUCCUCUCCUACGAGCGCUACUCCACGAUAUUGUGUUACACAAAGGCUGACCCGUCUGACUACAAGAAGGCCUGGCUGGCUAUCGCGGGCGCCUGGCUCUACUCCUUGGUGUGGACGGUUCCACCUUUCUUUGGCUGGAGCAGCUACGGUCCAGAGGGGCCAGGCACCACGUGCUCAGUGCAGUGGCACCAGCGCUCUUCUGGGAACAUCUCCUAUGUCACCUGCCUCUUCAUCUUCUGCCUCCUGCUUCCCCUGCUGCUCAUGAUGUUCUGCUAUGGGAAGAUCCUCUUUGCCAUCCGUGGGGUAGCCAAAAUCAACCAGUCGUCUGCACAGCGGCGGGAGACCCAUGUGUUGGUGAUGGUUGUCUCCAUGGUGUCCUGCUACCUGCUGUGCUGGAUGCCCUACGGGGUGGUGGCUCUGCUGGCCACCUUCGGCCAGGUUGGCCUGGUCAGCCCCACCACAAGCAUUGUCCCCUCCAUCCUUGCCAAAAGUAGCACCUUUCUCAACCCUGUCAUAUAUGGGCUUUUAAAUAACCAGUUCUACAGGUGCUUCCUGGCCUUCAUGAGCUGUGGGUCAGAGGCAGCAGGCAGCCACACCCUCCACACCGUGCCCAGCAGCCGAGUGGUUGGCCCUAAUGGCAACUCUCCAGCCCCAGAGGAGCCUGGUACACGCGAGCCUCUGGACGGCAGUGGGACCUCCUCGAAGACUCAGACACGUGGCCAGCAGAGAGACAAACGUGACCUGGUCCUGGUUGUGCACUACACCCCUUGAGGAACAGAGGUAUUUUGGGCCGUGGAGAAAAAGCCCACUCCCCUGCUCAUAAGAGCCUAAACACAUGGUGCCCCACACUGCAACAUAUGAUAUGAUAGAGGAAGUUAUCUAUUCGGCUGCAAACUGGAGAUACAUUAAGUAUCUCUUUUCAUUAGAUGGUGUAAUUUGUCACCUGGAUGUGUAAAUGCUCUGUCAUUUAUAUCGCAGCAACCUUUUCCUUCACCCUGCGGUUGAGUGUGUGCUGUUCGGCCACAAGGUGGCAGCCUGCUGUAACAUUGACCUAUGCUGGAGUCUGUAGAGAUAAACAUUCAUCCGUCUUAGUAAACCCAGCCCUUACAUACCACCAGAUGUAAGAUCUCCUGUAUAUAAUCUUUGUACCAAGUGGUCGGUGAGUUGAUGUGGCUGCAGAACUUGAUGGCAGUGUUUCCGAUGUAGAUUAUGAGAUGGCAACCCAUUGUUCAUCACGGGUUCUCUCUCUCACAUGUAACUAGAACCCGGAUGCCUUGUUGUGUACGCAUGUUCAAACACAGUAACAUUCACAACGCUCCCGCUACUCAUGUUGAGAAUCACCAUUCUUUUACAAGAUGGUUGUCACAUUAUUAAGAGGCUCUGAUAAGGGGCUCCUAACCUUUUCUUCAUCUAUGAACAUUGUUACACUUUGAAAUCGAGUUAUCAUUGAUGUAGUGACCUGUUUAAUAAAGAUGUUUUACAAAGAU